GUAUCGAAGAGCGAUAGCCUUGCGGUGACUAGUGUACCGCAUUAGUGACACGGGACAAACAUCCAGGAUAAAUAACAAAGAACUUGAUAAUUUUGAUCCUUCCUUCAUUAAGUAAUGUCUGAGCUGAAUUCAGUUGUUCAUGAGGAUUUUGGUCCGAAUUUUCGCGUUCUCAAGAGGAAUGACCAGACAUGUGAACUACAGACAAUAAUUCGUGACAGGAACACUAGUCGGAAUGAUUUCAAAUUUUAUGCUGACAGAUUGAUUCGUCUUGUGAUUGAAGAAAGUUUGAACCAACUUCCUUACACACCUUGCACAGUUGUAACUCCCAUAGGUUUUCCAUAUGAUGGCUUGCAGUUUGAAAAGGGAAACUGUGGAGUAUCAAUUGUCAGAAGUGGAGAAGCAAUGGAACAGGGACUUAGGGAUUGCUGUAGAUCAAUGAGAAUUGGGAAAAUUUUGAUCGACUCAGAUCAUGAUACCCAUGAAGCUAAAGUUGUUUAUGCCAAGUUUCCUGAAGACAUUGCCCAAAGAAAAGUUCUUCUUAUGUAUCCAAUCAUGAGCACCGGCAAUACUGUCGUUAAAGCAGUUAGCGUUCUAAAGGACCAUUCGGUGCUGGAGGAAAAUAUAGUCCUUGCUAACCUUUUCUGUACUCCACCAGCUACCCAAACAAUAGUAACAGCCUUUCCUCAGAUGAAAAUCUUGACUUCUGAAAUUCAUCCAGUUGCACCUAAUCACUUUGGACAGAAAUACUUUGGAACUGAUUAAAUACAAUUUGACAAACA